AUGGCCGUCAUCAAAUGUGUCAAGCAGUGCAAGAACGAGUCAGAGAUUGACGGCGUAUUUCUGGGAGAGUGCACCAAAAGAGGGACUAAAAUCCAAGCCUACCCAAGCAUUGUUGCAAGCGGACGUACAGCUGCGACGAUGCACUACGAAAGCAACAACCAGGAUCUCUACAUGAAUGGAAAGGUCAAGGAUGUGGUGGUUAUUGACGCCGGAGCCGAGUGGAACAGCUAUGACUCGAACUCUGCCGAUUUCUGGCAAGAAGAUGUUCUAUGGGAUGAUCUUCAUGUUCUGGCACACAAGAUUGCUAUUGAUGGCCUUUUGGUGCUCGGCAUUUUGAAAGGAAAUAAAGAUGAGAUCCUGACAGAAAGAAUCAGCAUCGCUUUCAUGCCGCAUGGUCUCGGACAUUUCUUGGGUAUGGAUACGCAUGAUACAGGUGGUCACCCCAACGAGACCGAUCCAGACCCCAUGUUCAAGUAUCUGAGAGUGAGGAGACGUCUGCCUGCAGGAUGCGUAGUGACUGUUGAGCCCGGUAUUCACAUUGGUCCACAUAUGAUCCGUCCGUAUCUCCACAACCAAAGGCUCUCGCAAUACAUUGAUGAAGAGGUGCUUGACAAGUACUGGGAUGUUGGCGGCGUAUGUAUUGAGGAUGAUCUUCUGGUUACUCGAGACAACAACAUGAAUCUUACUGUCGUGCCUAAGGAUCCAGACGAGCUGGAGGCUAUCAUGUCGAACAUGAGUGUGGUAACUUAA